AUGAGUGAUGAAGAAAUGGAGCUUCUUCCUGGCAUUAGCCUUCAGCAGGCCGUGCCAGUGAAGCAAACAGAGACAGGAUCGGUUUCUGUUGUGAGUGAGGAACAAACAUUGCGUAAAAUUUCAGUUGAACAAAAAUCUGAGUUAUUAGUACAUCUUAAAAAGAUCAUUCAAUCUGCUAACGAAGUACACGGAAUCUUCCAAAAGGUAAACACAAAAGUUCAAAACGAUACAGCAGCUUCUGUCGAUGGAAUUUCUUUAUUACAAGUAAGAAACCAUUGUCUUGUUGAAUAUCUCGAAAGUUUAGCUUCAUAUGGUGCCACUAGAUGCAGAGGUGGCGAAUUAAAGGAUCCAAUCGACAAACUUGUUACAAAUCGAUGCAUCAUUGAAAAAAUCAAACCAUUAGAGAAGCAGCUUCAAUACCAAAUCAACAAAUACGCCGAAAUCGAAAAAGGCAAUACACAAAACUACAGAGCUAAUCCAGAUUCAAUGCUUCAGUCCGGAGAACAAGCACAACAAGCAGAAGGAAUGGUUUCAGCAACAUAUCAAGCUCCUAAGGUCUCAUCAACUCUUUAUCCAAAGGCAGAGUCCGAUCAAAAGAAAGAAGCCAAAUAUGCAAGGUCGAUUCGCGCUAGAACUAAAGGUGAUGCAUUGAUGGAUGAAGUUGCUGCCGAUAUUACAGAAGAUCCACUCGAAGCUGGUCGUAAAGCUAACGCAAGUCGCGAAUUACGUGAGUUCAUGAAAAGACAGAAAGAAAUUGAAGAAUUCGAGGAAGAACACUUUGUACGAUUGCAGCGUAGUAAGAAGGAUAAAGCCAUGAUGAAGAAGAUCGAACAGAUGCAAGGUUCGCUUGAAGGAAUCCUUGAUUACGGACAUAUUCAAACAGAUGCACAACGUGAAGCAAGGCGAAGCCAAUCCAAAAAGAAAUAA